AUCCUCUAAUCUCCAAAAAGCCCAUCUCACGGAUCUUGCCCCUCUCCUUCUCUCCACUCCUAUAUAUACAUAUAUAUAUAUAUAUAUAUUAUCUUAUACAAUUAUUGUGCCAUCCUCCUCACACAGCUCUUGCAUAAAAAGCUAGCUAGGCUUGAGAGAGAUUUCAGUCGUCAUCUUCGUUCAGAUUACUGUAUUCUAAACGUAACAUUUUCAUUGGAGAACACCAAGUUUUGAAGCAUAAAUGGCUUCGUGGAAGAAAACCAUUACAACUCCAUUCAGGAAAGCUUGCACUUUCUUUAACCAGCAGCCAGGAGGGAGAGACCAGAAGAAGUCUCAGCUUCAAGGGAGUGAAAGUAGUGUGAUGGCUCUGCAUGGAGAAGUGAUGGCAUGCGCAUAUGAAGAUGUUCAGGUGAUGUGGUCUAUCCUGGACAAGUCCAAGGCCUCAGCCUGCAGCAUCACUUCUUAACAUGUAUAGAUGGCUAUGGCUAUCAGUAAUUGAUGCCAAUAUCUAUCUCAAAAAACAGCCAUAAAAAAAGGGAGAGAGACCCACGUCAGCAAUUAGCAGAUAUGUGCAUACAAUUUGGGUCAAAGCUAGCUUGCAACAUUUUGGUUCUCAUUCUUCUGGAUCUGGUGUGCAAGAUAUAAUUACCUGUAGAUAGGGCGGUGCUGGGAGGGAUGGUGCUUUUGUACUCAAACUCUUUGGUGGCUAGAAAAGGUCCCAACUCAAAAAAAGAGGAGAAGGAGGGGGGAUUUGUGAGGCUUUUAAUUGUAGAAUUGGCCCCCAUUAUACGAAAGUUUUUUGUUUAGUUUGUAAUCUGUUAAAUUAAUGAAUAGGCAAUCCAUGUGAUAAAACAUCACAUUGAGAUUAUUAAUAUUAAA